AGAUAGACCUGAGUCGCAAAUAUGGCCGUUGGAAAGAACAAGCGCUUGUCGAAGGGCAAGAAGGGUAUCAAGAAGAGGACCGUUGACCCCUUCUCCCGGAAGGACGAGUAUUCCGUGAAGGCUCCUUCUACCUUCCAGAUCAGAGAUGUGGGAAAGACUUUGGUGAACCGCACCAGUGGUCUGAAGAAUGCGAACGACUCCCUGAAGGGCCGGAUCUUCGAAGUCUCCCUUGCCGACCUCCAGAAUGACGAGGACCAUGCCUUCCGCAAGGUCAAGCUUCGCGUGGACGAGAUCCAAGGAAAGAACUGCCUGACCAACUUCCAUGGCUUGGAUUUUACUACCGACAAGCUCCGAUCCCUUGUGCGCAAGUGGCAGUCGCUGAUUGAAGCCAACGUGACCGUCAAGACGACUGACGACUAUCUUCUCCGUUUGUUCGCCAUUGCUUUCACGAAGAGACGCCCCAACCAGAUCAAGAAGACUACAUACGCUCGCUCGUCCCAGAUCCGCGCUAUCCGCAAGAAGAUGACCGAGAUCAUCCAGCGCGAGGCUGCUAGCUGCACUCUUUCUCAGCUUACCACCAAGCUGAUCCCCGAAGUCAUUGGCCGCGAGAUUGAGAAGGCCACACAGGGAAUUUACCCUCUGCAGAACGUCCACAUUCGCAAAGUCAAGCUUCUCAAGUCGCCCAAGUUCGACCUUGGUGCCCUGCUUAACUUGCACGGCGAGUCCACGACUGAUGAUAAGGGACACAAGGUUGAGAGGGAGUUCAAGGAACAGGUGCUUGAGACUGUUUAAGCCCUGGGUAUUCGCUGGUGGUGGAUUCUGGUUUCUCUGCCGUCUCGGGUUAACGGUGCCACUGCUCCAAGUACGAUAAGUUUAUGUUAAAAAAAUGUAGUGUCAUUAGCCGAUGAAUGACAGUAUAUGCAAGUUUCUGUCCUUAACUCCCGUCUCACCAGGCACACCAGUUUGUCUUUGGGCAUGGUGGCGCUCAUGGUGCAAGAAAGGAUAUAGACGUUGGUAUUUGGUGUUAACUAUUCAGGCCAUGUAGUGUCUUGUAUAUGGUUAUUAUCCAUAGUACUUAAGCGAACCAACAUUAAAGUUUGAUAGAUUAUCUACUUUAUAUUACCCAAUGCCAUGAGGGAC